AGAUAUCACUAUUCUGCCAGGCCUACUUGUCCGUUUAUAAAUUAUGCGUAAUAUAUGGCAACGCUUUUUUCACUUCCCCUGCUCAUUGUUAUUUGAAUAGUGAGUGUUUGUGUGGAGAACAAUAAACGUCAUGUUGCUAUGCCAGUGAGAAAAGGAAAGGUCGGCCUGUGAGCGCGGUCAAGUGCAACGACAACGAGAAAAAUGACCUGACACCUGUUAUAGAAGUAAUACAUUUUAAGUGAAUGAAAAGGCAUGGACCUACGUAAAAUAAGCAGUUCGUUUGUUGGGACUUUUGGGACUUGGGAUUGACGCAGAAGAAUAGCCGAUUUAAUUAUGGCAAAUCCGGAGAGAAAUAAGAAGAUUCUGCUUGAUAUGGUGAAACAGCCCAGCAACGACCAUUGUGCCGACUGUGGGGCCCCUGAGCCAGACUGGGCCUCAUACAAACUUGGUGUGUUUGUAUGUGUGAACUGUUCGGGGACACAUCGGGACUUGCCUGCCAUCAGCCGGAUAAAGUCCAUACGUUUGGAUUUCUGGGAUGAUUCCUUAGUAGAGUUUAUGAAGACAAGGGGUAACGCUGUAGCCAACGCGUUCUAUGAGAAGUGUGUUCCGCCUUUCUACUACCGGCCACAGGAGAAGGACUGUGUUGUUCUUAAAGAUCAGUGGAUACGUGCUAAGUAUGAGAGGAGAGAAUUCACAGGAGAGAAUAACUCCCUUCAGCAAGGUUAUAGUUCAGGACUUUACGAAGGAAUUCUAUGGAAGAAAGGCAAGGACAACAAGCAGUUCCUGAAAAGGAGAUUCCUGCUCUCUGAAACGGACUUCACCUUGAGAUACUUCACCAAGGAGGAUUCCAAGAAGCCCAAAGCAGUCAUCUCUAUGAAGGACCUCAAUGCCGCGUUCCAGCCGGAAAAGAUAGGCCACGCCCAUGGGCUGCAAAUCUCCUACCUGGAGGAGGAACGAACCAGAAACCUGUUUGUUUACCAUGACAACAGCCAGGAAAUUGUGUCCUGUUUCAAUGCGAUUCGGGCCACCAGGUUUGCUUACCUCAAGAAAGUCGACCCUAAUGCCAGGGACAGUGACCUUGUACCUUUGAUAACCAGAAGUAGCAUUAAAGAAGGCUACAUGGAGAAAACCGGCCCAACGCAAUGGGAGCCAUUCAAGAAGAGAUGGUUCAUCUUUAACUUAUCGGACAGAAAGCUGUCCUACUUCAAAACUUCACUGGAUGCCUUGGAACUGGGAGCUGUCUUCAUCGGCACAGAGGGCCAUGGCUACUCUGUGAGGGAGGGCCAGCCUAAGGGGAGCCGCAGUGGCAGGUGGAGGUUCGGAGUGACCUUGGAGACACCAGACAGGCAGUUUGUCUUCCUGUGUGACCAGGAGCAGGACCAGAGGGAGUGGAUAGAAGCCUUCAAACUAGUAAUCGCCCAGCCUAUGCUACCGCAGCACUACAACACUGAGGCAAACAUGAGAAGGAUGAAAAAAUGAAUGGUGUAAAAACCGGAGGAAAGGAAAACACGAUUUACAGGAAGAAAUGGCAAUGUGUGAGGCUGGCUGCCUGUUUCAGAGAGCCUACCAGUGACAGGUGGAGGCUUCUCACAAGAGGUGAUCAAUGAACUCUUCAAUGGAGUCAUGUUUAUUGGAAAAUGAUGAGAGGCUAAAUGAACUCAGUGUCACGGCUGUCGCUUUCCUCAUCCUCAGAUGAGGUGAGGAGAGAAGGAUCUUCAGACCAAAAUGCGGAGUCAGGGAAAUAAGCCAUCUUUAUUACAAAUACGACGGCCACUAAACAAAACAAAACACUUUCAAAACUUACACAAAAUAACAAAACGUAACGAACGGAACCUGAACAUAAACUUACAUCGACAAACGUAACUCACGAACAGGAACGUUACAUCGAAACGUACGAACAGCCAAACAGCCCCGAUAGUGAAUAACAUCGAACACAACGAAGACAUCACAGGAGACACAUGUACUCCACACAAACCCAUAUACUAUACAACAACCCCUUUACCAUAAAAAACACCCAAAACCAACAAAACACAAACAUUCCCCAUGUCACACCCUGACCUAACUAAAAUAAUAAAGAAAACAAAGAAUACUAAGGCCAGGGCGUGACAUAACCCCCCCCUUAAGGUGCGAACUCCGGGCGCACCAUUACACAGUCUAGGGGAGGGUCUGGGUGGGCUUCCAUCCACGGUGGCGGCUCCGGCUCUGGUCGUGGUCCCCACGUCACCACAGUCCCUAACCACCUCCUUAGCUUCUUCAAAAUGACCCCUCUCCACAUUAACCCCAUUGCAUUAAGGGGCAGUUCCGGACUAAGGGACAGCUCCGGACUAAGGGCCAGUACCAGGGUAAGGGGCAGUACCAGGGUCAGGGGCAGUACCAGGGUAAGGGGCAGUACCAGGGUAAGGGGCAGCACCAGGGUAAGGGGCAGCACCAGGGUAAGGGGCAGCACCAGGGUAAGGGGCAGCUCCGGACUGAGGAAUGGCAGCUCCGGACUG